GCACAUUUCACUGUUAAUUUCAAACCGGAAGUGAAUUAUGGCAUGCGUGGAUACCUUUCAACUAUCAAGUCAAUAAUCAACGUGGUUCGUCUGAACGCAUGCUGCAAGUGGAGAGUAACCGUGCAAAUUUAUGAAUGAAAAGAUUGCAGAACUGAACUAAUCCAAGUACUUUACACAAUGGCAUACCCUAAAUAACAGUAUUUAUAAGAAGACAAGGAUCUAGUUAAUACAGACAUUGGCCAACUCAUCGCAAAGAAAUUUAGCAAAAUAGCCUACAGUUAGGACUUUUGGGAUUAAAAGAAUUAAAAGAACUGUUUGCAGCAGUGAAGGAUAUAUAUAACAGCUUACAGAAUUAAAGUCUAAAGUUAAACAAUACGAAUGGAGCUUGAUUUUACUGUGAAAUGUGAACCGGGAAGCCCAAUUAGUUUUGGAAAAUGCUCACAACUAUCUCUCGAGGAGAGUUUUGGACGAGACGUAUUCGCUGAAUUCAAUACAGAUGGAUAUGGAUCUGAUGGGUCGUAUAACGGAAACAGCGGUAACACCAGCGGUGAUGUCUCCCCAACGGGAGAUUCCUCACCGAGUGCUGAUACCUCUGGCAAUGUAUCGCCCUGCAGUACAGAUAAUGGUCGAAUGGAUUUCGAAAGUGCCAAACUUGACUUAGAAAAUGGAAAAGUUGACUUUGAAUCGUUACGGUACGAUUUUGAUAAUAACAAAGUAGACUAUAUCAGUUUUGUAUCGGACGAUGUAGAAAAUGUAGAUGGGCCAAAGAGACUUUGUCUAGUAUGUGGGGAUGUAGCAUCUGGUUACCAUUAUGGAGUUUCAUCUUGUGAAGCUUGUAAAGCAUUCUUCAAACGAACCAUUCAAGGAAAUAUAGAAUACUCUUGCCCGGCAAACUGGGAUUGUGAAAUUACCAAAAGAAGAAGAAAAGCCUGUCAAGCAUGUCGGUUCCAGAAAUGUCUGAGAGUAGGCAUGUUACGUGAAGGUGUGCGUUUAGACCGUGUGCGUGGUGGCAGACAGAAAUACAAGAGAACUGUCGAUUCUCAGCCAAUCAUACAACAUAUCCUUCCUAUGGUGAAAAAAGCUUGUAUAGAAGUGUGUGAGAAUAAGAUUUUAACACAGUUGGGCAGUAUAGAAUUGCAGUUGGAUAAACUGUAUGCCAAUCCUGACCCAGAUCUUCAGGGUGAUGAAAUUCGUUUCUUAGCAGCAGUAUCAGAUCUAGCCGACAGAGAACUUGUCAUUACAAUCAGCUGGGCCAAACAAGUACCAGGUUUUUGCAACCUGUCAUUAAGUGACCAAAUGAACUUAUUACAACAUUCAUGGCUAGAAAUACUUUGUCUCAACCUGGUGUAUAGAUCUUGUCCAUAUACGUCAUACAUACGCUUUGCCGAGGAUCUUCAACUUACUCCAGACGAAAGCAAACAAUGCCAGUGUUCGUUAGAACUUGAUAAUCUCACUAGAAAACUUGCCAAAAAGUUCACCAAUAUGGGUGUUACCAAAGAGGAAUACCUUCUUCUGAAAGCCAUGACACUAUGCAAUACAGAUGUAGUUAUAGAAAAUAGUGAAGCUAUAAAGGCAUUACAAGACAGACUACAAGAUGCUCUGUUAGAAUAUGUCAAGAAUCGGUACUCUGGGAAUCUACGGAGAGUUGGACAUUUAUACAUGUUGCUGCCAUCCUUAACUCACAUGAAACUUCUCACCAAACAAUAUUGGUUUGACAUUAAAAAAGAUGGACGUGUAAUGAUGCACAAACUAUUCCUAGAAAUGUUAGAGGCAGAUUCCUGAUGAAGCAGUUUUAUAGUUGAACUUGUGUGAUAUUUUAAAAGUGCUAAAAAUAGAGCUUUCAAAAUAGUUAUAUUUAGAAUCAGGAAGUUUUAUUGUUGUAGAUACUGUUAUGUAGAUUUGCGUGUCAAUUUAGAGACAUGUGAUAUUGUGUGGUGCACCAAGUCUUUGAAAAGGAUUAUACACAGAUAAUGGAGCUAAUCUUUAUCCUUUGUAAUGCGUUUCGUCCUUCUUUUGCUUUACUUGUCACAAACAAUUAUGCAAACUGGUAGAGGGUAUAUUUAGUCAAGAAUCUAUCAAGUUUAGUGAAAAAUUCAUUUUAACUUGUCUAUUUAAAAGUAAUAUAAUAUAAAAGUAUGAAAUUUUUUAGUUGCCCAUAAUUAGUUUAUUAUUUAUAGAGACAGCAAUGAAAAGAAGAAUUUGUAAUACAUUAAAAGUUACCGCUGAAGAGUGUAAAUAAAACUAGAAUGAUGGCUUAUGCAGAUGACCAAAAUAACUUGACUAAGGGAUCUAUAGAUGUCAAACCAACUGUGAUACUUUUCAAUAUUAAUCAGAUAGAAAGAAAUGUAUGUUUUAAUGCAAUCACCUCCCUUCUUAGAAAAAUGUCCAUGCAAAAUAUAAUUAUAUGUUGGAUCCACUUAAAAUUGGUAAAUUUAAUCAUAUUUAAACCGUAGCAACUUUGAUUUAAAAUUUUCAAAAAUUGCUGAAAAAUUAUAUAAUUUAUGUUAUAAUCUUUUAGAAUAUAUUUGAUGACUCUCGAGAAAUUUUGUGUAAUCAGAAUGGUAUAUAUUACAAAAUUUGGUAUAUUUAUAGCAGAUCUCAUCCAUGUGUUAACCCAUUUUCUUGCAGAUAAGUAAUUUGACAAAGAUGAUGUCAUUUGAAAACAAAUCGUUAGGUAGUUUUCAAUCACAGUCAAAUUUAAACAGCUUAAUUCAGUUUUCAAUUACAUUUUAAAUAAAGUCUUGAUAGAAUUGUUUUACUCAAGAGCAUGGGUUAACAUGUGAAUGAGCUAUGUUGUAAAGUAUAUGGAGGCUUAAACUGUUUCAUCUAUCCUCUAGUCAUAAAUUUUCCUUUUAUUGAAAUCUGUUAUCAAAGACUUGGUGAAAAUAGAAAAAAAAAUGUGUUCCAAUUUAUUUUAUUAUACUAAAGUGUGAUAUAUUAUUUACGUUUGAAAAUAACCAUUUUUAUAGUUGUUAGUUGAUCAGGAAAUAUUGUUUUUUUAUCUCCUAACCUGAAAAUAAAUGUCUGUCAGGGAUAUUAACCAUAUUUCAUAUCCAUGUUUGUUAUACUGUUAUCUUCGUGUCCCUUUUAUGCAAUUUUUUACAGAUUUUUUUGACAACUAUUUAAAAUUUUACAAGUUUAAAUAUAAUAUAAUAAUAGCUAGUUUAACAUGGUCUGUUUUAAUUAUAUACAUCAGUGGGAAAAGCUAUCUUGACCAAAAUCACAUUAUUCAACAUAUUGUGGUUUAUUUUCUUAGGUCUUAGGCAGGAUUUCUUUCCAUGUAGGGUUAAUUUUUUGCAUUAGUUGUUGAAAGAUAGAAAAAAAAGUCUGUAGUUCAAAAUGUAUGUUUUCCCAACAGACCCUAUAAGAAUCAAAUUAUAAAGGACUAAAUACUCAACAUAAAUAUAAAGUAGUCUUUGAAAGGUCUUAAGCCUCAUAUGUUCAGAUUUAAGUUUUAGGUUUAGUUAAAAGAGAACAUCUCUCUCAACAAGAUAUUGACUUCUCAACACUCUUUUGAACCAUACUAAUAUUGUGUGUUUAAGAUAAAGCUAUGUCUUAAUGAUAUAGUAGGGGGCAUUAUAUGUUUUCCAGUCUGUGCUUCCAUCAAUCUGUACAUCCUGUAUCAGGCUGAAGUGUCAGUUUACUUACCAUUAAGUUGCAAAAACAUCAACUUGAAACCAUAAGUUAAGAUCUUUUAAAAAUAGAAAAUAAAUAAGGUUUUUGAUCCUUAUUUCACAGUUCAUUAAUCACACUAGACAUGGAAAUCGGAUAUUGUUAAAAAGGAUGAUGUUCUAUGGACAUAUUUUUUUUUAAAUUAAAGGAUAAUUAGAAUAGUUUAACAAUUAGUUAAGACUUCUGUAGUAAAAAUAUUGCUUUAAAUAGUUAUCAGAAGUCACAUAAUUCAUGUGUUUUAUACAUGAAUGUUACCAGGCCAGUUACAGAAAUAGGUAAUUCAUAAUAUUAUCAUUGCUAUCCUUGGCAGACAUAAGAUUUUUGUCCUUACUUUCAUUGGUGAAUUUGAUCUCAAAUUUCUUUUUUUAUGUAGAAAUCCAUUGUAAAUAUCAUACGCUAUAAAAGUAGAAGAUUUUCAUGAAUGUUCAUUCAUACUUGUAUAUGAAUGAAUAUAGUCUAGUCAAGUCAUCAGAAUCCAUGAUGUAAAUACAUAUAGAUCAUAAGUAUUAGAAAAAGAAUGAAAUUACAUUUAAAAUUCAUUGUCAGUAUAGUUUCAAAUUUUAAGGAAUGCAUGAAAGAUCCAAAUAUGGAUUAUUUUAAUGUGUACAUAAGAAAAUAUUUAUUGUAAUCAUUCAAAGGAAAUUGAUAGCUAAAAAUGUAUCGAAAAAAUAAAAAA